GUGGGCAGCGAGGGGGCGGCGAGGGGGAGGAGGAGGAGGAGGAGGAGGCGGGGCCGAUGGAGAUCCUGGUAGACGCGUUCAGGUCCGGUGAGGUGUGCUACCUGUCGGAGGCGGCGGACCGCAUCUCCGAGCUGGUGGGCUCGGCCGUCAGGAUCGACCCACGGGUCCUCCAGGAGUCCCGGCCGCUGCCCCCCCGCACCUUCCUGCUGCGCCUACUGAGCAACCUGCGGAACAUCUACCUCACCACGCAGCAGGUUGACCCGCUGCUCGACGUCAUCAAGUUCAUGCGUGCUACACUGGAGGAACCCGGUGCAGGGGACCCGCACCAGCAGCCCGCCUCCUCCAAAUCCUCCAAGACCACCCCCAAGACCCCCUCCUCCUCCCCCUCCGCUGGGCUGUUCUUCCCCGCCGGCUCCUUCUUCUCCUCCCCGGCCGCCUCCGCCGCCCUGGCGCGCGACGAGGGGCUCUGCUACUUCGCUCUGCGCCGCUACCCCGAGGCCGCGGAGGCGCUGCGGGAGUACCUGCGCCUGGCGGAGGAGGCGGCGCGGGCAGCGGCAGCGGAGUCGGAGCCUCCCCCGCUGCCCGCCGAGGAGGUGCAUACGGUGGCGGCGGUGCUGCGGGAGGCGGCCCGGCGCAUGCGGCAGCAGGGGGGGCAGGGAGGGGAGCAGCAGGGGGGGCAGGGAGGGGGGCCGCAGCCGCCGGAGGAGCCGGGAGAGGCGGGAGCCGGGCUGUAGGUCUCUAGGUUGGGUGGCGAUGUAGGGCCGUAGUUCCCAGCGGGGGCUGUGUUGGGAUCGAGCUUUAUGGGGGCUGGAGCGCUGGCUAGAGGUUGCUUGGCGCCGUUUGGGAACCGCCAGUGGGGGCGGGUUAGUGCCGCGGGUAGGAGACCGCAUUACAGCGGCUGGCAACCGCGGACGUAGCGUAGGAGACAAGAGGUAGGCAAACGGAUUGGGUAGAUACUGGAUUGGGAGACGUGUGACAGUGCAUUUCGUGUUUGCGCAUUUUGUACGUAUCUGUUUCCUGCGCGGCCCGGGCAGCGCAACAGCGAAGGAUUGGGAGGAUUUGAGGAUUGGAAGGUACCGGCGCGCAGUAAUGGGGUGUGGGGAUGCCGGGGGUACAGUUGGGGCGUACAGUUGCACUCGACUAAACUAAGCAUAGGCACAAACGUCCGUCGAACAACAAGCAGCGUUUUAUUAAAGCAUCAGGUAUGCUGCUUGGCUGUGCUUGGAGCCUGGCCAUGGAAGUGAAGCGCUUGGGGUAGCGUCAUGCAGGGUCGUUGGGAGAGACUUUGUAACAAUACUAUUCGACGCCUAACGGCGAUGCCGUCUUCACCAUCAUUCUUAUUUUACUUCGUUAAACGGCAGGAGUCAAGGGGCACGCCUUCUGCACAUCACACAAGUCGGUU